AGACUCAGUAAUGGUUCAACAGUCAUUCGCAACAGGUCUUUGUGUUCGGUUCGUUCGUUUAUUCAUAGAAAUUUUGUGCGCGGGCCGAUGUGUUAUAACCGUUUGCAUUCCUCGAAAUGUGUAUGGUGGCUCCAAUAUACGUGUUAAAUGGAACCAUUUAAAGCUACAUUAAGAACUUGGUUUUCGGAUUUCCGUGUUGCGCGUUAAAGAAAAAAACCUUCCACCAUUUGAUAUCUAAUGGGUGGUGGGAAGAUACUAUGUAAACAUUACGUUGGUGCUUUGAAAGCAUAUUUGUAUUCCAAAAAUUUCAUCUUCGCAGUCAUUUUAUGGACAAUUCGCUUGAAUCAGUGAAGAGUUUGUUUGAAUAUCAUUUCUGGUAUUGUUUACAAUUUACAUUCAACUCCUGUGCGGGUAAAUUUAUUAAAAAAGGCUUAUGCCAUAGGCUGGUGUCCGUUAUUUGUACGUUAUCUGGGAGACACAUGGUGCUAGUGGAAUAACUUAAGCUAUAACCGCCCGUCUGCUCAGCACAGCACAACAGGAGGAAAAUCAUUGGCCCAUUAUUGAAGUGUAUGUGCGUCUGAGAGUGUGUGUGUGUGGUUGUUAUUUUAAUACCACUCUCCAGGGGAAUACCAGACAUCAUCGUUGUCAUCGUAUACUGUGGAAAAUCAGCUUGACAUUGACAAGCAGAGGCAACUUUUCAACUCUGAGGUUCCCAUACACGACUACUACCAGACACUUAAGCUCGUCACUGACAACGGAAGACCUAUCACUUUCAGGCCGUCUCAUCGUCAACACCUUCCACAGUCUCAUCAUCAUCAUCACCAGCAGCAACAACAUCCCCGCCAUGUCAUCAUUGCCAAACAACAUCGAUUAUGACUACCUAAUGAAAUUUCUGGCACUGGGUGAUUCGGGUGUUGGAAAGACGAGCUUUCUGUAUCAAUACACAGAUGGACGAUUUCAUUCGCAAUUUAUAUCAACAGUUGGCAUAGAUUUCCGAGAGAAAAGAUUGAUCUAUACAUCCCGCGGUCGCAAUCAUCGAAUUCAUCUGCAGCUAUGGGACACAGCUGGCCAAGAGAGAUUUCGUUCCCUGACCACAGCAUUUUAUCGCGAUGCAAUGGGCUUCCUGCUAAUAUUCGAUCUGACAAGCGAAAAAUCAUUUUUGGAAAUAUCCAACUGGUUGGAACAAUUACGGCAGCAUGCCUACUCCGAGGAUCCCGACGUUGUGUUGUGUGGCAAUAAAUGUGAUUUGCAUGACUUCCGAGUGAUAUCCCAUGAACAGGCCAUCGCUGUAGCGGAUCGUUAUAAAUUACCGUAUAUUGAAACAAGUGCUUGCACCGGCUAUAAUGUUAGUGCUGCCGUGGAGCUCUUGGUGGGUAGGGUAAUGGAACGCAUGGAAAAUGCCGUAGCCAAUGCUGAGUUGGCACGAUUAAUGUCUAAUACUCGUUUGAAUGCCAUCAAUCCGCAAGCUUUGAGAAUGGUACUGCAAAAGGGCGAAGAACCACCAACGGGAGAGAAUGUAAAACAAAGUUGUAGUUGUUAAAUUUUGGACAACAAAGAAAAAAUUUGUUUUGUUUUCUCGUUUUCUUACUCAGAGGACGAUUUAAUGGUCCUCUAAACAAAGAAAAUAAUAAGCCUAGUUAGAACUGCUGUUUGGUACAAUAAAUUUAAGUAAGUUUGAUAUUUUAUUUGUAGUAUUAUAUACCAAUAUAAUUAUAC